UUCCAAAUGUCAUGUUUGCAGCAGAUGCUCUGCAACACACGAGCCUCUGGUUAUGUGGUAGUAUGUUCUGUGAAGAGCCAAAAUGUGGUCUGCUGUGUGGCUUCUUUUGUGAUCAGUCUGCGUAGGAAAAGAGGUUUUUUGGGGAGAAAUUGUUGACACGUGAAGAUGAAACCAUGAAGAGAAAGCAGAACGAAUAAUAAUGCUUUUCCGAAACCGUUUUCUGUUCUUGCUGGCUUUGGCAGCCUUACUUGCCUUUUUGAGCCUCAGUCUACAGUUCUUACAUUUAAUCCCUGUCAACCCUAUCAAGGAAGAUGGGUUGAAUCCUAAGAGCCGAAAAAGAAUAAUGCCUGACUUGCUAACUGAACCUCCUGCAAUAGAUCCUGUUUACGAAGCUCGUGUUUACUGCAAUAUUCCUACCAUUGCUGAACGCAGCAUGGAAGGUCAUGCACCUCAUUAUUUUAAACUAGUAUCAGUUCAAGUGUUGAUUCGACAUGGAGAUAGGUAUCCACUAUAUGCCAUUCCCAAGACAAAAAGACCAGAUAUUGACUGUACAUUGCAGCCUAGCAGGAAACCCUCUCAUCCUCAGCUGGAAGCUUUCAUCAAACACAUGUCCAAAGGGUCUGCAGCCCAAAUGGAUGGUACCCUCAGCAGCCUGCCUCGUUACCCUAGCCAUUCCUUCUGUGAGAUGGGAGAGCUUACGCAGACGGGCAUUGUACAGCACUUGCGAAAUGGACAACUAUUGCGAGAAAUUUAUAUAAACAAACAUAAACUGCUUCUGAGCGACUGGACAGCAAAACAGCUGUACUUGGAGACAACGGGAAAGAGUCGAACCCUGCAGAGUGCGCUGGCGCUGCUCUACAGUUUUUUGCCAGAUUUUGACUGGAAGAAAAUUUACAUGAGGCAUCAGUGGAGCACCAUUUUUUGUUCUGGAAGCUGCGACUGUCCUAUGCGAAACCACUACCUAGAAGAGGAACAGCGCAGGCAGUACAGUUUACGGGUGAAGAACAAUGAUUUGGAGAAGAUAUACGUGGAUAUGGCCAAGAUAGUUGGCAUUCCCACGAGGCAGCUGAGAGCUUCUAACCCAAUAGAUUCUCUCUUGUGCUAUUUUUGCCACAAUGUCAGUUUUCCCUGUACCAAAACUGGCUGCAUUGGUAUGGAACACUUCAAAGUAAUCAAAAGACAUCAGUUGGAGGAUGAGAGAGAACGACAGGAAAAGAAACUUUAUUUCCUGUAUGCACUAUUGGCCACUCAUCCUCUUCUCAACCAGACUGUUAAUCGGCUGCAGCGUAUUGCAGAAGGCAAGAAAGAAGAAGUAUUUGUUCUUUACUCUGCACAUGAUGUCACGUUGUCACCUGUUCUUAGUGCCUUGGGCAUUACAGAGGCCAGAUUUCCACGAUUCGCUGCCAGAUUAGUUUUUGAGCUGUGGCAGGAUGGGAAGAGACCCAAAGAACACUUUAUCCGCAUCCUGUACAAUGGUGCUGAUGUCACAUUCCAGACCUCAUUUUGCAAGGAUUAUUAUAAACGUUCCAGCAAGCCAAUGUGCCCACUAGAAAAAUUUGUUAGCUUUGUCAAGAGGGAUAUGUUUUUAGUUUUUAACAGCACUAGUUAUUAUGAUGCGUGUCGUAGAAGACCACUGUAGGCAAGGAAAGUGAAAAUAUUUAACUUCUGUUUAAGUGAAAGUCUGUAUUUCAGUUGAGGCACAGUUUGGUCUUGUUGUUUCUUGUACCUGUAAGUACAAAAGGAUGUUGCUUGAAACCUUCUUCAAAUAGUUUUAUUUUAAUUCAAACUGUAGAUGGUCUCCAGUAGAAGAACAAAUAUUGAGGGAGUGCUAUGUCUGUGUAUGCUCACAUAUGCUGUGUUAACUGUCAUGAACCCGAUAAACCACAUGAGUUACUGUAGCCUUGGACUUUCUCUGAUAGACUGAGAGAGCACAGACUGAUUUUCUCUAUAUUCCAGAGCAAUACUUGGAUACCAGGAGUUUAAAAACAAGAAUUUUUUUUUUUUUUACCAUCAACUUUCAAUCAUUUUAAGCAGCUGUAUCAGGAUAUUUAUAAAAUUCCAGGCAUCUGUGUUAAACCCCUUGUAAGAUAUUCUUAAAGCUCCCUACUCAAAAGAAGCAUUUUAAUAUUUAGGGACAGGUCUUUAAAGCAAACUGUUUACCUGUGCAUACAUACCUGAGCAUGUACAAAUAAGUGUGUGCCUUUUUGACCUCACAGACCUACAAAUACUAGACUUCCGUUACCUGUAUCAGAGAAGGGUGUACUGGAAAAUGUGUGCAAAACUCUAUUGAUUGCACUUUCAGCACUUUGAAUAGUUCAAACACAAUCUAGAAAUAUGUAAAGGUCUUGUGGCAAUGAAGUAGAUAGCAAACACUAACAUUACUGCUAAAUCUGAGUGGGAAAUUAGCAUUAUAAAUCAGUCUUACAGGGAAGUGUUGGGCUCUUUCCCAUUGUGAACGUGCUCAAGCUGCUGCGCUAUAAACAAAACAGUUUUAGGAAUUUGAUAUAGUGGCUGCUUGAGACAGCUUGGCUAAACACUAAGAAUUUUGUAGCUGACUUAGUAUUUUUAUGGACUAGGAAGCUCUUAUUUUGUAUGAUCAGAGUUGUACAUAUUGCACUGUGUGUAUUUAUAACACAGUAGAACUUUCUUACUACUUCAGUUUGUAAAGAGCUGUGAAAAGCUGACUUUUAGAUGUUUUUUUUUCCCUUGAUCAGGAUGUGCAGACUUAAGUAUAAACUGUCUUUUAUGGGUAACUUGAGCAACGAGUAUGUAUGAAAACUUGUAUUCAAACCAAUUUCAUCUCUUUAGGAGUAGUAAGUUGAGAACCAAUUUUUAAUAGACGCUUUAGAAAUUUUAUAGUUCUGGAGGUUUUUUACACAUCUAGAAAUAAUUUAGUCUGUGACUUGUGAUUCAGUGGUGCUAGUUUAUCAAAGAAAGCGUAAUUAAGCAUAGGUUCUCUAACUGUUGGUAUUCCACUCUGUUUUCAAUGCUGUAUUUGAACAUGUUUCUUUAAAUAAAAAUUUGGGGACUCUUUGUA